AAUUGCGUAUGGGGGGGAGUGGAGGUAAAGCUACAAGCAUUCUAAAUCUCGGAAUUUCGGUGAUCCGGCCACUUUGGACACGAGGCUAGGUUGACCCUUCUUCAGCCGGUGUGGACGCGGCUCCGACCGGGAGUCGAACAGCGAACAUGCAGUGUUCAGAUUUGCAGAACUAGACUAGAAUCUACUUUUAGCCCUUCACACGUGGUUCUCUCGUUUCGUUUGUGCUGGAAAUAAGGCAACGAAGAAGUGGAUUUCGGGUACGAAAAUAAAAGUAGUACAUUACAAUAUACCACAUUUCAGCAGUGGGGAUGAGUGGAAUAUCUUUCCAGUAAACUGAUGCGCUCCCAUUGCCAUAAUGCCAGCCAUCUUGUUUCUGGAAGUUGUAUACGGAAAGCCGCUUGUGAGAGGUGUAUUGGUCGUGUUAGCUAGUGUAAUUCAGCAAUAUCGUGUAGAUUUGAAGAGGAUACCAGCACAUAUUUAACAACUGAACGGUAGCUUUGUGUCUACACGCGCGGACUAGGAGUGACAGGACAGUGACGUGAGAAUCAAGGAGUGGUGGCUUCUUCCAAUCCAUGCUAACGUUACGUCUCGUGUCUACCCAUUUCCUGAAGCAACCAUAGACGCGCCGUGACGUCACAAUGUGUCGUGAUCGAGACAUGAAUCCCUGAACUGGCACAGAACACACCCCACGUAUGAACAGAACAAGUGAACUUCGUUUGUACAACAAUAGCAAACAGAUUUAAAGAACAAGUGAUAUAAAAGUUAGCUCCAAUAGCAAAUGAUAUCAGUGCUUUUUCAUACAUAAAUAGUUUAAAAAAAUAACAGUUGUUUAUUUCCAGCACAGAAGAGAAAUACACCGCGGACGGUUCUCACAAAUAGUUAACGAAGCGAACUUUAGACAUAACUUAAUUCUUUCUAUAAUAAUUUGUAAUCAUCCAUUUGUUUCAGUCAGCACAUUCAGAAGUUUUUGCGUUACACCCACUUGGUACUUUGUGGUUGAGUGUGUGUGUGUGUGUGUGCACGUGUUUUGGAAUUUCUGACCACCCUGUGGAACAUCGCGAGGGAGUGCAUUUGCGGCUCUGCAAGGAAGGAGACGUGCUGUGACGUCAUGAGACGACCGACCGUCUGCAGCAACAUCACCGUCGUGGAAGAUUGUUACUCUCGCGUGGACGUCGGCAAUAAGGAGGAGAGUCGCUUGUCGCGUGUGAAGCGAAUGUUGACGGGAACUCUGCUCAUGGGACGGCGUGGAGGAGGUCCAGCAGGACGCAUAUUUGGCCUGCGCCUUGAUGAACUUCCCUCAGGAAGAGACGGAGUCCCCACAGUAGCUGUGCGCCUCUGUGGCUACAUCGAGAAACAUGGUAUGAAGUGUGGAGGAUUGUUUCGUUUAUCGGCCGGAAAUCCUAAGCUGGUGGAGCGUCUGCGGGCGUCAUUCGAUCGCACUGGCGACGCUGACUUGGAAGGCGCUGGAGAUGUUGCUACAGUUGCAUCUCUUCUGAAACUCUGGCUCAGAGAACUUCCGGAACCUGUCAUUGCCAGUCACGUGGCAACUGACCUUCUGUGUGUACACGAAAAACUGCAUGAUGAGACUGGCCAAUGGCGUGAGUCUGUGUGUCAGUUGCUGAUGACCUUACCUGACCCCAACAUUUGCCUGCUACGCUACCUUCUGAGGUUCUUACGCCAUGUUGAUCAACACAGCCACAGGACUCAGUGUCGCCAUUUUACUCCAGGAGGUGUCGGGGCUGUGUUCAGCCCCUUGCUUAUUCAGAGUCAACAGCAGCAAUUGGUGGCCAGUCAGCUGACGGCCAAGUUGAUUCACGAGUGCAACCACAUAUUCCAGGACCGGCUGGUUGAUCAAGCAAUCCAGGCUGCAGUUGGAGAAGGCAGCCUGCACCUGUUUACUGAUGCCAGCAUCCAUACUGCACCACACAAGACACCUAUAGAAUCCGGUGGACCAGCUGAAGUGGUGGCAGCACCCGCUAGCAGCCAUAAAAAUCAGCACCAGCACCGGAAGAGGAAGGAACGCCACGAGAGCUUCAACUCCCAGAGUCAAGAGAGGAAGGUUAUAAGGUACUUGCCAAGAGUUUGUUGCCUCUGGAAGUUUAUCAUAGGACCAAUCCUUGUGAAUUGUAGGGUUUUCGGACCUUGUUCUCUGUCUGAUGUUAUAAAAGAGGACUGGAUCUGUCCUCGUCUUCAGGCGCCCCUCGAAGAAGGAAGCGUUAAUUGUAAGGAUAGCAUCCGUCGUGUCAGUAGCCACGAAGACUUUUCUCUUGUAAAGGGAGGUGGGAAGAAUAACAGCAACAUCAGCAAAACUAGUGGCAAAAGUUUCCUCACAGAACUGAUCGAGCCCACGGUGGGUCAUGGGGUGCGAUUCAGUGGUUUGCCUCUCCAUGAGCGCAACUCGGCUUCUGUUUCCGCACCAAAAACACCUGCACCAAACGUUGAUAAUGAAUCGACAGCGGCAACGGUGGCCGAAAUGUUUGAUGACAAUGAACAUGAACAGAGACGAAAUUCUGAGAGAUUUUCUCGAGCUGUUACGCCCCGAGGACGGAGAAAUAUGGCUCGGAGACGAAAGAUCGUUCACAAAACUGCCAAAACUGCACCUGAGGAUAUGGAUGGAGGAGGGUCCUCAAAGGAAAAUGAGGACCAAGAAGAAAAUACUGUCACCACUCGAAUUCCUCAUGCGUCCAUCUUAGUCAGUAGCAAUGGCGCGUCUGAUGACGAUUCCAGCCAGGAUGCUAAUUCAAGUUCUGCACAUUCAUUUCUCCAGCUACACCCUCAGGAACGUGGUCGAUCUCCUUCUCCUUCUCCCAGCCCUUGUACGCCACCUUUGGAUCUUGCAACUCUCCAUCAGCAAGUGGACUGCAAUGAACCACUGACGAGCUUCAGCAAUUGGAGUUUUGCUCACAGACAACCUGAAGAAGAACCAGCAAGCAGUCAAGUAAUGCUUUCCCCACGAAACUCCAUGAUUCUUACCAGACGGGUUUACUUGGAUCCCAGCGUACCACCUUCACCACCAAAUGAGCAUAAUGUUUCAGUCCCAAGAAAGUCUGGAGUGUCUGGCCAAUUGGACAGUGAGAGCAGACUCAAGACACUCUCGAAGCAAAUCAAUAGUUUAAAGAAGAAGCUUAAGCAUUAUGAAGAACAGUUUGAACGAGAAUAUGGUUAUCGACCUUCUCAUGCCGAUAAAAUGGGAAAUAAGGGCAUUGAAAAGAUGUAUGCAGACCUGAACAAGUUGCGCAAGGAAGUCAAGUAUCUUAAAGAAGAUCCACAUUGUGUGAUAGUGGAAAGUUCAACCAAGCCGCUUGAAUUAGUGAUUGAAGGUAGCGCUGCCGUAAAUGGUGGCGUAAACAGCAACAGUGACAAGACGCCCAGUAUGGAAGAGAAGUUGCAGGAAGUUGAAAAGCAUUUGUCAGAGAAGCGAUUACUGGCUGGGAGGUUUGAAAGAUUAGAAGAGCUUACCAGGGAACAGCUUUUAGAUGAGAAAGUUGCAGUCCAGAAAGCUCUGCUGUAUCUGGAAGGCAUUUUUGGUCGUCCCGUCACAAGAGGAGACAGGGAUCUGGUGCGACCCUUGUAUGACAGAUACAGAGCACUGAAGCGCCUUGUAAUCCGUUCAGGACCGUCAAAGCUGAAAGACAGUUUGUCAGAGCUGGCGACCAUUUUGGAACAUGAGACAAUGGAUUUUACUAGCUCUCCACCAUCCCUCUCAGUACAAGAAGAAACACCAGAAGCAUUGGCCGUUGCUGAUAAUGCUGACGUGCCAACAGAAUUUCAUCAAACAUCCGAAUCAUCAGAUUCUCUCUGGGAAAAUCUGCACUCCUUGCCACUGUCUGAAUUGCUGAAUCAGCAGAGAACAACGCGUGAAGAGAAGAAACGACUUCGGCGCUCGCUUCGAGAGUAUGAAGAAGACUUUCAGCGUCGAACAGGAAAGAAACUUCAGCGAGAAGAUCGCGUCCCCAUGGAGAAUAUGUACGUUGCCUACAAGCAGGCCAAAGCAAAGCUACGUCUGUUGGAAGCUCUGGUUACAAAACAGACUUAAAUUGAAGAAUAGUAAGCUGAAACGUUGGUUUUCGAAGAUCGUGUCAGUCAGAAGUCGGAUUUAGUACUUUCAUGACGUAACUUCAUAGAACUAGCUGAAAUAAUGAUGAUAAUUGCAUAAGAGGCUGAUAUUGGUGUGAAGAAAAUUAUUAGAUGAUAAUGAUUUCAUGUUGCACAUCUUUUUUAACUGGUUCACAAGACAAAGGCUUCACAGAGUAUUUUGAGAUUAACUUUGAAUACUAUCGUUUUUCCUAUUUAAUGAAUGUGUUUGUUGUUGUAAGAUACUUACUGGAAACUUUGGAGUUAUAAGCGUACAUAGAAUAUAAUUUUUACGUGUGUGGCAGUUGGUGCAGAUGGUAUUCUCGGUUACUGAAAACUACAGAUAAGGCGAAGGUGUGUGUUCUGGUCUCGCCUGCUAAUUCGACGUGUAAAAGAAAGGCAAAUUAAAUGUUAUAUUGUGAAAUAUUAUAAACUGCAUUGAAUAGAUAUUUAUUUGGUAUAUCAAAUAGGAUAAAGAAUUCUAAAAGAUUUAUAUUAAAUACUUUUAGAAUUCUCAAGUUACUGAGUUUUGAGUAUUCAACAGCAGCAGGGAUUGAUACAUGGCACGAUAAAGAUUGCUGCUGUGGUGGAGCAUCCAAAGCUAAAGAAAAGUAGAGCAUCGUACGUCCUGCGUAAGGUACGCAACUGUAAAGUCGAUGAACACUAUAUUUGAUGUCUGUGUCUUGCCAGAUACAAUGCAUUCUCACACCAGUAGAUUUAUGACUUCAAUAUGGAUUAAGCAGUAAUCAUUGACAUCUUUUGCACUUGCUUCCACAUUAUAUUAUUUAUACUGUCCAGUGAAGUAUAUUGUUGAACAUAGUAUUUACUGUGAAGUGGAGAUGUUUAAUAGGAUUUCAAGUGUAACAGAUGCAUUAACUUCAAUAAAAUCUGUGUUUUUCUUAACUUCAUGCAACAUUACAAUAAAAGAAAUGUGAAAGAAUAAUAUUUAAAUAAAACUAUUAUUCUUUAAAGUUGCUGAUGCUAUGACAGCAAUACUUUAACCCACGAGCGUUGGGAAAUACUGAGAAGUGAGGUUAUCACAUUGUUGAAAAUGUUGAUGGUCGUCGGUGUUGUGAUUUGCAGUCUUGUAGACGGCACACAACAAAUGGAAAGUAAUGCUAAUACAGGGAAAUUAUCUUCCAGAGUUGUUUGACUCUCGUUUGUCAGGUGACGAGCAAUGAAUUUGCAAGCAUAUAUUACAGUGGCCAGCAUUAGUUAAAGAAGACAUAUUAAAGUAUGUUUUUAAACAAAGUGCAUGUACUAGACUAAUUAGAAAUUGAGUCUGUCAAUUUUGUUGCGCUCUCCAUAUUUUAAUUAGAUGCAUUGUCUCGAUUGUUACGAAUACAACUCGGUGUACUGCCAUAUGCUUGAAUUAUUUUGCGGAGUAGAAUCUGUAGUGGUGAAAGAUGCAUGUUUUAGAAUGUAGGGUUCAUGAGCAGACCAAAGAUACAGCUGCUGACCUGAGAAAGAUAGAACGUAAAUUUGUAUGAACUUUCAUCACGGGAACUGAGAAGUCUAACUUUGUAUAGAUUCUGAAAUUUAUUAGUCAGAAUAUUAACAUACUGACCUGUAGCUAUUAUCAUCAUGUAAAUGUCUACUUAAAGUAGAGCCAUGCGACAUGGUCUAAAUGACACAUAGAGGCAGAUAUUACUUUCUAUUUGCAUUUUUCAAAAAAAAUAUAAUGGAACUGUAUGGUAACUGCAGUUGCAGUACGAUUAAUGGAAUAAUGUGGCUUUGAUAUCAGGCGUUAUGCAACAGAAACUUGUCGUAAAGAGUAAUAAAUCUCGGUUGGUUAUAAUAUAAUGAGUGAAGUACAGUAACUGCACACAAUAUACACUGAUGAUUUCUGCAUUGCAGCUCAUUUAUAUUUUACUCUAAGAGCAAACUUCAAUAUCCCAGGUAAUGAAAUUAAAGAUAAAUUAUGAACCUGAUCGUACAAUAGUCUCUUGCUUUCCAGGACAACGCUAGUGUAUGAUCUACAUUGUUUAGGGAGACAGGGUUAGAUCUGGUCAGUGCAGUGAUUUUGACCUUUUAAGAAAUCUUGUAACAUCUAGGCAGAAGUCACACUAAUGAUGAAGCUUGUUCUAAACAAGUUAUAUUUAUAUAUCAAAAACACCAAUUUAUAUAUGCUGGGCAAAGAUUAAAAAAGUGUUAAUAUUUAAUGUGCAUGGUUGAAGCGUAAGAUAUGUUAGAAUGAGGUUGAAAGGUAUGUUGCAUUAAGAAAUUAAGUUUUUGGUGUAUGAUUUCAGUUUUCACACUUACGAAAUAGAGACUGAAUAAUAUAAGACAUGCUACAGUACAAUGAAUAAUCAUUAAGUAUAUAUAAUGUAUAAUUUAAGUGUUGGAAUAAUUAUUAAAUAAUAAUAAAUAUUAUUGAUGUAGGAAAUUAAUUGCAUGUGUUACAAUUAAAGUUCUCUUAAAGUAAAGCUUUCCCACUAUACGCCAUGCAGGCGCCUGGGGAGGGAUGAGCUAUAGCUACAAAUUAAAGUUUUCUUAAUAUAUUUAAUUCUAAGUCUGACUAUAUUCAGUUUGUUACUGGUUCGUGGAAUGUGCAACAGAUAUGUUUAUUGCUUACUCUUGUAGCCCCUGUCUGUCGUUCACAAAAUUGUGUGCUGCAUAGACUGCGACAACAUUCUGUAAAUGUUCGGUAAAGUGAGAAAUUUUUAUGAUAAUAUGGAAGACUGAUCUUAAUUAAUUUCAUAAGUUUGUAUAUUAGUUAACACAAACACCACUUACUAAUUUGAUAUUUAUUUACCAAUUUAUAAGAAGUCCAAAUGAAAUGAAAAUGUUUUUUGAACAAAGGACAUGAUUUUAAUUUGUGAAUGGAAUGGUGUUUGCAUCGUAAAAGAGUUACAGUGGAACCUCGAUAUAUAACUCAGGUUUCAGGGAUCGGCUUUAUAUAUGAAAUAUGUAAAACAUAUGUAAUUGUAUUGGGGAACACGAUCAGAGCCGCGGUAUAUGGAGGUUCCACUGUGCUUAAAUUGUUGUAACUUAAAUUUCCACAGCCAGUAUCUGAGCUUUCAAGUUUGAGUCAUGUUAUUUGUUGAAACCCUUCCAUUUUAGCAACUGCGCUGUUUGCCAUCAUGUCUGUAACAUUUCGACAAAUAUGACUCCAGCAUGAAACGUGAUCUUUUACAUUAAAUUGUUAUAUAUGUUUAUUAAAACACCAUUCACCAUGUUGCUUUGCACAGUAUAUUAAUUAAAUAUAAUAAAAAUUCAUUUUAAUGUGUAAUUUAUCAAGUACAUUUAGCUUUAUUUUGCAUGCAUAAGUUCUGCAAACCUGUGAUUACAUUGAUACUGCAGAUGGGUACAGUCGAUGGCAUCACUAUGUGAUUUCACAGAGAAAGAAGGAAAUUUUGGAAACAGAACCAGUUUAAAUGUCUGUCAAAUCAUAACAGUGUGACAGGAGUAGCAGAAUAUUGACUUUUCCACUUGUAGUUGCUUGUUCUUCAUUGUUUGGAAAUACAGACUAUACCCAUGAAACAGCUGACUUGAUCUUAAAUGAAAUUAGGUAUCUGAAGUUUUGCAGAAUACUUUGAAAGCUACAGUAUCAGUGUGUCACAUAAAUUCUAUAAAGAUAAUAGUAAAAUAUUGUGUAUUCAGUGUAUCUGCAUGAAAGCUAUACAGUGGUUGCAAGAGGCUAGGUAAAUAUAUAUAUAUAUAUAUACAUAAAAUUCUGGUCAUAUUUCAUUAUAGUAUGAAACUUUUUUGCUUUAAUUAGUUAAUAGAUUGAAACAGUUAUAUGUGGAAUGUUAUAUGUUCAGCGUAAGUUUGUUGUAAAUGUACUUAAUUUUGUCAGUUAUUUUAUAGGGAUGAAAUUUAAUUAAAGAGAUUUGGUUUCUGUUGA